AUGAGGUUUAGUUUCGGUCGUCAGUCUUCUCUCGAUCCGAUCCGGAGGAGUCCUGAUUCCACUAGAAGCGACGACGAGCCUCAUAUGUCGGUACCGGAGAAUCUCGAUUCCACGAUGCAGCUUCUCUUUAUGGCUAGCAAAGGUGAUGUCAGAGCAGUCGAGGAGCUUCUUGAUGAAGGGAUCGAUGUUAAUAGCAUCGAUCUUGAUGGUCGUACGGCGCUUCACAUCGCUGCCUGUGAGGGUCAUCUCGGCGUUGUUAAGGCUCUUCUUAGCAGGAGAGCUAACAUUGAUGCUCGUGAUCGAUGGGGAAGUACGGCGGCUGCUGAUGCUAAGUAUUAUGGGAAUUUAGAUGUUUACAAUCUCUUGAAGGCUCGAGGAGCUAAAGUUCCGGUAAGAGUUUCAUUGACUUUGGAUACGACUGGUGUGUGUUUUGUCUAUGUGUUUUCAAUCGGGUUUGAGUGUUUGCAGGGAGCAUAUCAAGUAGCUAAAUGGAAUGGCACGCGGGUUUCUGUCAAAAUACUUGAUAAAGAUAGCUACUCAGAUCCUGAACGCAUAAACGCAUUUAAACAUGAAUUGACGUUGCUAGAAAAAGUCCGGCAUCCAAAUGUUAUCCAGUUUGUUGGAGCUGUCACUCAGAAUAUACCGAUGAUGAUUGUAGUCGAGUAUAACCCAAAAGGAGAUUUAGGUGUAUAUCUCCAAAAGAAAGGACGUCUUUCUCCUUCCAAGGCACUUAGAUUUGGUCUUGAUAUUGCAAGGGGCAUGAACUACCUCCAUGAAUGUAAACCAGAUCCAAUCAUUCACUGCGAUCUAAAGCCAAAAAAUAUUUUGCUGGAUAGAGGUGGGCAAUUAAAGAUCUCCGGAUUUGGUAUGAUAAGAUUGUCGAAAGUUUCACAGGACAAGGCGAAAGUAGCAAACCACAAAGCACAUAUAGAUCUCUCGAAUUACUACAUAGCACCAGAGGUUUAUAAAGACGAAAUAUUUGACCGAAGGGUCGAUGCACACUCCUUUGGUGUCAUUUUAUACGAGAUAACAGAGGGAGUACCAGUUUUCCACCCGAGACCUCCUGAAGAAGUUGCGAAAAUGAUGUGUUUAGAAGGAAAGAGACCAGUAUUCAAAACUAAGUCAAGAAGUUACCCUCCAGAUCUAAAAGAGUUGAUCGAGGAAUGUUGGCAUCCAGAAGCCGGUAUUAGACCGACAUUCUCUGAGAUUAUCUUUCGACUUGACAAAAUAGUAACUAAUUGCUCUAAACAAGGAUGGUGGAAAGACACAUUCAAGUUCCCUUGGUAA